GAGCUUGCGGGUAGAAGCUGAGUAAGGGCGCGCUCCCGAGGCAAACUUCAACAACCGUGCGCGAGCCCGAGUGGCUGCUCGUUGCUACUAUUAGCGCCUGGCGUCUCGGCUCUGCUUCACGAAAAUUUGCGAAUGUGUGCCCCUGCUGCUAACCAAGGAAAGACGGACUACACCGAGCCACUGUCAAGCUCCUCUCUGCGUAUACGCCGUUUUACCCGCGUUGAAGUCAAGGAUAUUUCUUUCGAGAGUUCCCUACAUUUCAAGAGAAGACGAAAGCCUUAUUUGCAAAUCUUAUGGACGAAGAAAUGAGUCGCCAGACUGCCACCGCGCUGCCCACAGGAACAUCCAAGUGCCCUGCCUCCCAGCGCGUGCCCACCCUGUCAGGGACCACCGCCUCCAACAGUGACCUGGCCAGCCUGUUUGAGUGCCCAGUGUGCUUCGACUAUGUCCUGCCCCCCAUCCUUCAGUGCCAGUCGGGACACCUGGUAUGCUCCAAUUGUCGGCCCAAACUCACCUGCUGCCCCACAUGUCGAGGGCCGCUGGGCUCCAUCAGGAACUUGGCUAUGGAGAAGGUGGCCAACUCGGUGCUCUUCCCGUGCAAAUACGCCUCGUCGGGCUGCGAAGUCACACUGCCGCACACCGACAAGACGGAGCACGAGGAGCUGUGCGAGUUCCGGCCGUACUCGUGCCCGUGCCCCGGCGCCUCCUGCAAGUGGCAGGGCUCCCUGGAUGCCGUCAUGCCUCACUUGAUGCACCAGCACAAGUCCAUCACCACACUGCAGGGGGAGGACAUCGUGUUUUUGGCCACGGACAUCAACCUGCCCGGCGCAGUGGACUGGGUGAUGAUGCAGUCGUGCUUCGGCUUCCACUUCAUGCUGGUGCUGGAGAAGCAGGAGAAAUACGACGGCCACCAACAGUUCUUUGCCAUCGUGCAGCUCAUUGGGACUCGCAAGCAAGCGGAGAACUUUGCGUAUCGGCUGGAGCUCAACGGCCACCGGCGCCGCCUGACCUGGGAGGCCACGCCGCGCUCCAUCCACGAGGGCAUCGCCACCGCCAUCAUGAACAGCGACUGUCUGGUCUUCGACACGUCCAUCGCGCAGCUCUUUGCCGAGAACGGCAACUUAGGCAUCAACGUGACCAUCUCCAUGUGCUAAGAACUCACCGAUAUAAGCCAAAGGGGGUGGGGGGGAGGGGUCUGGUGACUGGGGUGUCGGUUGGUCAACCACUCGGCAGGCAUUUGGAUCGGGUCGAAACAGCUCGGCUCGGUCUAGUCGGACUAUUUGAAGACACUAUGGAUGUGAUAUCGGACUGUCUUGUCGGGCAGCCGCGAGGAACCGAGGCGGGUGGAUGAACAUGAGCAUAGGAGGGUGUGGAGGUGGCCGCAGCCUUAUAAACACGCAAAACAAACGUACGUGUGAGACUCACACUCGCAGUCUCACCCGGUUACUCGUCAAGGCGUUAUCUGUCAGUGUCUUCGCCAUUCUUGUUUUAGUGUCCGCUCGCCCAGUCGCUCACCUCCACCACACACACACACACACACACAUACACGCACAUUACCUGUUCACACGGAUCCACGCUAGGCAGUUGACAAGCCAUCUAGCGUCAUGUGAACAGAACCCCCCCCCCCCAUCUCUUAGUGCCCCAUCUUCCGACUGACAGCUGGUUUUGCAGCUGCCUGUGUAGCCCCGGACAAGACAGCCAAAUCUGUCGUCAACGGAUGUGCCACCAAGUUAUGUAGCUCCGGGUUCUGUUGAAGACUCCCAAGCCCCGGAAUUUGGGACAUCCUACAGUCCCCCCCGCCACCACGGAUUCCUGACGACUGUGCAACGGACACGUGUUUCAUCACCUGAGUUGACUGUUUUUUAUUGAUGUUACAACAAGCUCCCCUUGCAGCCUUGUGAAGACUCUCAGAUGGAUCUCCCCCCUCCCCCUCCCACCCAGUUCAGUCAGUCAAAUGUUCUUUGCGGGAUUUCUUCAAUAAAUUGAGAGAGGUGAGCCAAUUGGCCAGCGUAUCUGCACCACCUCUCCUCCUCAGUGACCAGGAUGCUACUGAUAUUACAUGGAGAUGAUCCUUAUUGUUUGUCAAAUUGCUUUCCAAAAACAACGGGUGGUUGUCAAACUUGUGGCAAGGCGGUGUCUUUGUAGAUUCAAACAAGUCUUCUCUCCUCCUCUUCCUCCUCCUCCUGGUCGGAUUGUUUUCUUUUUUUCUCCUGUCAUCUGUUUGUCCGUAUGUCCUCUUGUGGUAAGUCGUCUUUCCUCUUUUUUUUUUGUUAAUAAACGUGAGCAUUUUCUUCAUGUGGAGUUGCCGUCAUCUUGCUGCUCUCCCUCAACUGGACCCCCCUUUACCUUUUCUGUUUUAACGUCAUGAAAUAAAUUUAUCUUUUUCAUA